GAAGUGACGUAGCACACAUAAAAAUCGGAAACCACGUUUUUCAAUGUAAACAGAUUCAGUUCCUCAAAUAUCAUUUAAUAUGGGCAAGAAAAGUAAAACGGGAAAAUCCAGAAAAGACAAAUUUUACAAACUAGCUAAGGAAACAGGCUACAGAGCUAGAUCAGCCUUCAAACUUAUCCAGCUGAACAGAAAAUAUGAGUUCUUACAGAAGUCGAGAGUAGUGAUUGAUCUAUGUGCUGCUCCUGGAGGGUGGUUACAAGUCUGUUCUGAGAAUACUCCAGUAUCCAGUCUUAUUCUUGGUGUAGAUUUGGUUUCUAUAAGACCUAUACCCAACGUAACAACAUUUCAGGAAGAUAUCACUACAGACAAAUGUAGACAGACAUUGAAGAAGGAAUUACAUCAGUGGAAGGCUGAUGUAGUUCUCAAUGAUGGAGCACCUAAUGUUGGUAAAAAUUGGUUGCAUGAUGCUUUCCAACAAGUUCAGCUUGCUCUCCAAGCAUUAAAACUAGCAACAGAGUUUUUAAAACCAGGUGGAUGGUUUGUUACAAAAGUGUUCAGGUCCAAAGACUACAAUGCACUUCUCUGGGUUAUGCAACAGUUAUUUAAACGUGUACAUGCUACCAAACCACAAGCUUCACGUAAUGAAUCGGCUGAAAUAUUUGUGGUCUGUGAGAAAUUCUUAGCACCAGAUAAAAUAGACCCAAAAUUUGUGGACCCCAAGUAUGUUUUCCAGGAGUUGGAAAUGGAACCUAAACAGACCAUUAGUUUGAUCCAUCCAGAGAAAAAGAAAAGACAACGAGAUGGUUAUGCUGAAGGAGACUACACACUCUUCCACACAUUAAAUGCUUCAGAAUUUAUACAGAGUGAGAAUUAUUUAGAACUAUUGGCUGCGGCUAAUCAGGUCAUUCUUGAUGAAGAUAGAAUAGCAACCCAUCCUGCAUCCACAGAAGAGUUGAAACACUGUUUAGGAGAUAUAAAAGUCUUGGGCAAGAAAGAAUUACGGAGUAUAAUUAACUGGAGGAAAAGACUGAAAAAGGAUUUCAACAAAGAAGAUAAAGAGGACGAACCUGAAAAAGAAGAAGAAGAAAAAGAAGAGAAGGCAGAAGAUUCCGAGGAAGAUGAGGCAGAGUUGUUGAAGAAAAUAGCAGUGGCUGAGGAAGAAGAGAAAAAAGCUUUAAAAAGGAAAAUAAAGAAGAUUAGAAGGGAGAAAGCCAAGUUACGACGAAAGAUUGACCUGAAGAUGAUAAUACCUGGCGAUAGACACGACUUUGUAGAUGAUAUUGGAAUGUUUAGUUUACAGAAAAUUAAGAAUAAAACACAAUUGGAUAAUGUUGAAGAGGGUGAUACAAUGAUUGCUGAUGAGUAUGCUGCAGAACAAGAUGUAGAAGAAGAUGAUGAUCUUAAUGCUCAACAGAGAAAACUGACAUUUGAUCGUGAGGACAAGGAGCACCUAGAUUCUGACCUUUACUCGUCAGGAGAUGAGGGAGAGGAGGAGCCAGAGUUUGAGGAAAUGGAUGAUGAGGAAAUCGAAGGUGAUCUGGAAGCAGAAGAUAAUGAUGAGAAUCCAUUACUGGUCAAGAUGGAAGAUAGAGAUCAAAGGACGGAGAAAAAAUUAAAUAAUUGGUUCAGUAAGGAUAUAUUUGCUGAUCUAGUUGAUGAUGAUCAUGAAGACAUUGAAUUAAAAACAAUGGCAACUGAAUAUGUUAAAAAAGGUGGAAAAAUUCUUGACCAGAAACCAAGUGUAAAAAUUGCUGAAACUGCAGACAAAAAAUUAAGUGAUACAUUGACUAAUGGCAAACAUCCAAUUGAUUCAAAAUCUAAAAAACAGUUAGAAGAUUCAGAUGAUAGUGGUUUGUCAGAUGACAGUGAUACUGAAAGUGAAAGUAGUAGUGAUAGCAAUGCUAGUGACAGUGAUUACGAUACUUCAGAACUUUAUAGAAAGGAAAAGGAAAGUAGAAAAAAAGAAAAAGCACAGACAAAAAAGGAUGGUUUUGAAACGGUACCAGUAGAUUCAGCAGCCAAUAUCCCAAAGUUAAAUGCUGUAGGAUUAGCUAUUGGAGCUGCCAUGGUAACAUCACGGAAGAGGAAACGUGAUAUUGUUGAUGAUGGAUAUCAUAGGUAUAUGUAUGAUGAUGAAUUUCUGCCAGAAUGGUUCGUUGCGGAUGAAUCAAAGCAUACUAGAAGAGAUUUACCCGUCACAAAGGAUGAAGUUCAGGAGUAUAAAAUGAAGAUGAAAGAUAUAGAUGCUCGUCCUAUCAAGAAAGUAGCAGAAGCCAAGGCUAGGAAAAAACAAAGGGAAGGUAAAAGGUUAGACAGAGCCAGGAAGAGGGCUGAAGCCGUCUCUGAUACAGUAGAUAUUAAUGAGAGGGAUAAAAUGCAGCAGAUUAAACAAAUCUACAAGAAAGCAGGCUUAUUAACAACCAAAAAGAAAGAAAUUAAAUAUGUGGUUGCUAAAAAAGGAAUGGGUAAACGAGCAGCUCGUCCAUCUGGCCAUAAAGGCCCUUAUAAAGUUGUAGAUCCACGAAUGAAAUCAGAUAAUAAAAGACAGAAAGCACAAGAUAGAAAGAAAGGAGGAGGAAAAGGAAGAAAGAAAAAAUAAAUAUUUAUAUCAUUAUA